CUUUCAGAGGACAUUACAUAUCAGUGCCAGCGGGACGUCAAUUUCAACAAUGACCUUAUUCCACCUGACUUGCCGAGAAAUAGAUUACUGUGGGAAUUGUAGCGCAUGUUAGCUGCUUAUUCGACUACGCUUGAACAGUUCAAUCUACCAGUGUCAGCAACUCGCACUUCUUCUGACAGUGGCUUUGCUUCUGCGAACACCAUAUAUGGCCUAGAGUUGGAUUGCCUUGUCCAUCUGGUUUACCAAACCCGGCCAGUUUGAAUGAACAGCAAAGGCAUGCAUUUAAUAUGGUGGUGGCUUCUGUUACCUCUCCAGGUACGCAAACUUCAAAUUUCUACUUCCUUUAUGGGCAUGGAGGUACUGGGAAGACUUUUUUGUAUAAAACGAUGCUCGCCCAUCUAAAGGAACUUGGUAAGGUGGUUCUUGUGGUAGCAUCAUCAGGAAUUGCUGCAACGUUGCUUCCUGAUGCAAGUACAGCCCAUUCUCGCUUUAAGAUACCGCUAGAGAUCGACCAUGCCUCUUCAUGCAAUAUUAAAAAAGGAACGCCGCUUGCACAGUCAAUUAUUGAUGCAGCACUUAUUAUAUGGGAUGAAGCGCCGAUGGUCCAUCGGUUGUCUUUUGAGGCAGUUGAUCGGGCGUUCUGUGAUGUUAUGAAUAUCCCUUUUAUCGGACAGCAUUAUAGACCUUUUGGUGGAAAGCUAAUGCUAUUGGGAGGGGAUUUCCGCCAAACUUUGCCAGUUAUCGCUGAUGCUGGAAGAGAGGAGAGCGUAGACGCCUCUCUUACGCGUUCUUACCUCUGGAAUUUCUGUAAUGUGCUAUCGUUAAUCCAAAACAUGGUCGUGCCUUCUUCUUUGAAUGAAAGAGAGUCGUAUUCUGGGAUGAAUUUCGUUGAUUGGACUCUUGCUGUUGGUAAUGGAAGUGUGCCAGGAAAAGCUUUUAGCGAUAAUCAGCCACCUGAUUGGAUAGAAAUUCCGCAGUCGCUGUUGAUUGAUGCUGCAAGUGAACCGAUUCAAACAACGGCUUCUCAAAUCUAUACUGAUUUUAUGGCUCACUUCCACAAUGUUUCCUACCUUACUGAAAGGUCCAUCAUCACACCAACAAAUCGAAAUGUCACAGAGCUGAACUCCCAUAUGCUAUCUUUGGUUCCGGGGCAACCACGCAUCUAUUUUAGGAGUGACACUCUUCAUACGGAUUCAGCCGAUCCAGAGCGCCUAGAGGCAGAAUAUCCAACCGAAUUUCUGAACACCCUCUCUUUCAAUGGAUGUCCAGAACACCAGAUAGAUUUGUAAAUAUUUGCGCCUGUCAUGUUGUUGAGGAAUUUGAAUCCAGAAAUCGGACAGUGUAAUGGAACCAGGCUUAUGGUUGUUUGCUUGGGACAUUAUGUUAUAAAAGGAAUUAUUAUGGGUGGUGCCUUUGCUGGCAGGACUGUUGCCAUUCCCAGGAUUAUUCUUAACAUCAAUGAUUGUCGGUGGCCGUUUGUUCUCAAGCGACGCCAGUUCCCGGUCCGAUUUUGCUAUGCUAUGACAAUUAAUAAAAGCCAAGGUCAGACGCUUCAAAGUGUUGGGGUAUAUUUGCCAAAGCCCGUGUUUAGUCAUGGUCAGUUUUAUGUCGCUGUUUCUCGUGUUAGAUCGCCUGCUGGGCUGCGGUUUCUGAUUGUUAACGAAGACGGGAUUCCCUCCAAUUAUACUCGCAAUAUUGUCUAUCAAGAAGCUUUUGCUGACAUUCAACCGCUUAUCCAACAAGACUAACUCAUCUCACAGCUGUAUGUGUUCUGCACUUAUAUUUACUUAUCCAUAACAAAUACAGGUCCUCUCUUAACUGCAUAUUCUUAUAUACUUGAUGGAUUUCAUUUCCUGUAUUCUAUUUUAACACAAGCUUCUGUUUGAACCAACAAUUGUCAGAAGGAGUUAGUGUUUCACCAGAAGAUGCACAUCUGAUAUUUAGUGUAGUUUGAGUGGAUGAAACAUACUUUAUUGAUACUGAUUAUUUUUUUUUUCUCGCCAGAGAGGACAUAUCAAGCGUCAAAAUCAAGCUCCUGCUAACAAGUGGAGAUUACGACAUUCUGGUUUAAAAAUCAUGCUGGACAAGCUGCGUCUUCCUGGAUAACAACUAUGUUUGCCUGGACAUCCUCUGCAUUGCUUUGUUGCUUUUGAAGGAAAGGUAAGAGUUCGUUCUUCGCCAAUUUACAAAUUUUCGGUGUAUCUUCAGCAUACUAUCUACACGCCUGUAUCGUUUGCACAUACUGAGUGCCUUUUUCACCUUGAGAGGCGACUUAAUCUGGUCUGUUCUUCUUUUCUUCUUUUUUUGCAGGCUUCUUUUGUUGAACUGGUUGUGCUCUGUUGUAUGUAGUAUCUUAGUAUGUACUCUUUAUUCAAUUACUCUGACUGAUCUAUUAGUGGUCGACUUAUUUGAUGGUCAAUGUUAGAACAAGAUCCGCCCAAACUAAGAGAGUGCAGUUGUAUGGCCCAACUUUUGUUGGAAAAUAAAUUGUCUUUUUUUUGAACAGUUGGCCCAUUCCUGUUAGUUGUGCUUUUCGCUUUGUUCGGCCCGACCAAUUAGCUGCUCCCUUUUCAUAUGGAAGAGACUUGGGCCCAUUGUUUUGCCCUUGGUUAUUGCCACUGCCAAUCUACUUUGCUCGGCUCGAACACCCACCUGCUCCCUUUCAUAUAUAAAAAACACAUGGGUUCUCGUAUUCAACAGCUGUUAUGGAAACUUCAGUUUGGCUUGACCUUAUUUUCAUCCUCAGCCGCAUCGUCGACUCCGCACAGAAGGUUUGUCCUUGUCUUUUGUGUGUUUGUAUUUUACGUACCAUGAAUGGUAUUGCGGACUUUUGUUGACUGAUCUCAUUGUCAUUUGGGUUGUGGAAGCCAUUCCCGCAUAUGAAUUUAGGGUUUCACUUGAAAUUUCAUCAUUUCUCAGCCUUUCAGUUCGCCCCGGUGAUCACCUUUGUCUUCUGAAUAUCCAGUCUCGCACCGUUAAAUGGACCUCAACUCUACCCUUCCAGGUUGCCCAGAUGGUUUGCUUUAUCACACUCUAAUCAUUCUCAUGUCACCACCUUUAUUUAUACAGAACAAAACAAGCGAACGGUUCUUUUGUGUUUCAGUACAUAAAUGUGCUGAUGCCUAUUUUUGUCAGUCAUUGCAUGCUAUUUACUUUCUUUAUUUGGAAUUCAGGGCCAAUCAGUACGUCGACUACAGUUUGGGAACUUAAUGGAAAUUUUUUAUCUACCCACAUUGUCCUGCGCUUGAUUUAUAUAUGGCUGUCUGAUGAAUACAUAGGAACGGAGAGC